CCCAUACAAGGAGAGGCAGAGAGUUCUUGCACUAGAGAAGGACGUGGCAUAUGCCAAGUCCUCAUCCAGGUUCAAUCUUAGGAGUGGGAGACCCCCAGAUCCCAUAUCUCCUGGCUGCCCUUUUCCAUGAUUGUUGCCCUCAGGAAGAAAUCCAGAUGCCAGAAAGGAAAGGAGGGGACCUGGAUAGUCCUUCACGCCCCAUUUCCUGGGAAAGCUCCUGGGUAGAGGGAGAGCUUGUAUGGCAAAUCUCAAGGAGGAAAUAAAAAAAGGUUUGAAAACAGGAGAUGCAAAAGAUUAUGCUUAGUUCUCACUCUGUGCUGGAUGACAAUAAAGACGGAGAAAGAAUGGCAAGCCUUCCUUUAGCAAGUGGGGGAACUGGAAAAGGCCGUUCUGGUGUUCAGUCUGGAAUCGGGGAGGAGAUCUGGGCAAGAUCUGGGCAGAAGAUCCUGGACGAUGGAACCAUCGUUUCACAAGUUCAGUCCUGGAACUUUAGGAGCAUCCAGUAUCAGGAGGAUGAGAGUCCCCGAGGACUUUGCAGCCGACUCCACUACUUUUGUAGUCAAUGGUUGAGGCCAGAAAAGCACACAAAAGCGCAGAUGCUGGACCUGGUUGUUCUGGAGCAGUUCCUGGCCCUUCUGCCAGUGCAGAUGGAGAGCUGGGUGCGGGAGUGUGGAGCAGAGACCAGCUCCCAGGCGGUGGCCCUGGUGGAAGGCUUCCUCCUGAGCCAGGCGGAGGAGCAGAAGGAGCAGGUUGAGUUGCAGUCCUUUACAAUGGACAUCAGAGAUCCUGAGAGAAUGAGGCAUUCAUCAAAUCUCUCUGAAGAACUGUUUUUCAGGAGGAUCUCUCAGGAAGAUCCAAAUCAGGACACUUCAAGAGAGAAGAAUAGAAGGAAGUUGACGCUUUGUUUUGGGGGAACACAAACUGUGAUUGAACCUCCAGCUCAGGAGGGUCUUCUGCCCUUUGAGGAGGUGGCUGUGUAUUUCUCAGAGGAGGAGUGGUCUCUGCUGGCUCCUCGCCAAAAAGCGCUGCAUUGGGAAGUCAUGCUGGACAAUUAUAGGAACGUGGCCUCUCUUGGUGAUAAUGAAAAUGACGAUAAAGUUGCUGGAGAAUUAAUCAAAGUGUUCAAACAAAGAGAUGUAAUGGAGAAGCCUGCAAUUCAAACAGGAUUCCAAAGGCAGAAAAGAAACACUUCAAAUAAUCGAAAUAAGGAAAGCUCAUCUUCCAUUGAUACUCAGAUGCAGGACUUUAUUGAUCAACGAGAAAAAAUAAACAAAAAAUACAUUGGGAAAGGUGUAAGACUAUUCAAAGACACCAUAGAUGUAAAUGAGCGCUAUCUAUCCCAAGUCAAAGAUUAUACAUCCAAAGACAAAGAAAAAAAUUACAAUUGGACUUUCACAUUUUCUCAAGAAAAUGGAUCUCUUAUAUCACAGAAAAGUGUUCACAUGGCAGAGAAGCCAAAUAAAUGCACUGAGGAUGGAAACAAGACUGUAUAUAAAAGGGAAAGCACAAAGGAGAAGCUAUAUAAAUGCAAGGAGUGUGGAAAGGGCUUUAGCAAACUAAGUCAUCUUACAUCCCAUCAAAUGAUCCACACAGGAGAGAAGCCAUAUACAUGCAUGGAGUGUGCAAAGGAUUUCAGAACAAACAGUGAACUUACAUCCCAUAAAAGGAUCCAUACAGAGGAGAAGCCAUAUAAAUGCAUGGAGUGUGGAAAGGGCUUCAGCAAUCAUAGUCAUCUUAUUUCCCAUCAAUGGAUCCACACAGGAGAGAAGCAUUAUAAAUGUGUGGAGUGUGGAAAGGGCUUUACCCAACAUUGUCAUCUUAUUUCCCAUAAAAGAAUCCACACAGGAGAGAAGCCAUAUAAAUGCAUGGAAUGUGGAAAGGGCUUCACCCAACAUUGUCAUCUUAUUUCCCAUAAAAGAAUCCACACAGGAGAGAAGCCAUAUAAAUGCAUGGUGUGUGGAAAGGGCUUUAGAGCACAUGGACAUCUUACAUCACAUAAAAGGGUCCACACAGGGGAGAAGCCAUAUAAAUGCAUGGAGUGUGGAAAGGGCUUUAGAGCACAUGGACAUCUUACAUCGCAUAAAAUGGUCCACACAGGGGAAAAGCCAUAUAAAUGCAUAGAAUGUGGAAAGAGCUUCAGCAAACAUAGUCAUCUUACACGCCAUCAAAGGAUUCACACAGGGGAGAAGCCCUAUAAAUGCAUGCAGUGUGGAAAGGGCUUUACCCAACAUGGUAAUCUAGUAUCCCAUAAAAGGAUCCACAUAGGAGAGAAGCCAUAUAAAUGCAUGGAGUGUGGAAAGGGCUUUAGAGCACAUGGAGAUCUUACAUCACAUAAAAGGGUCCACACAGGGGAAAUGCCAUAUAAAUGCAUGGAAUGUGGAAAGGGCUUCAGCAAAUAUAAUAAUCUUAUGUCUCAUCAAAGGAUCCACACAGGAGAGAAGCCCUAUAAAUGUAUGGAGUGUGGAAAGGGCUUCACCCAACAUUGUCAUCUUACUUCCCAUAAAAGGAUCCACACAGGAGAGAAGCCAUAUAAAUGCAUGGAGUGUGGAAAGGGCUUUAGAGCACAUAGAGAUCUUACAUCGCAUAAAAGGGUUCACAUAGGGGAAAAGCCAUAUAAAUGCAUGGAAUGUGGAAAGGGCUUCACAGCACCCAGAGAUCUUACAUCCCAUAAAAGAAUACACACAGGGGAGAAGCCAUAUAAAUGCAUGGAGUGUGGAAAGGGCUUCAACAACCACAGUAAUCUUACACGCCAUCAAAGGAUCCACACAGGAGAGAAGCCAUAUAAAUGCAUGGAGUGUGGAAAGGGCUUCACCCAACAUAGCAAUCUUACUUCCCAUAAAAGAAUCCACACAGGAGAGAGGCCAUAUAAAUGCAUGGAGUGUGCAAAGGAUUUCAGAACAAACAGUGAACUUACAUCCCAUAAAAGGAUCCAUACAGAGGAGAAGCCAUAUAAAUGCAUGGAGUGUGGAAAGGGCUUCAGCAAACAUAGUCAUCUUAUAUCUCAUCAAAGGAUCCACACAGGAGAGAAGCCCUAUAAAUGCAUGGAGUGUGGAAAGGGCUUUACCCAACAUGGUCAUCUAGUAUCCCAUAAAAGGAUUCACACAGGAGAGAAGCCAUAUAAAUGCAUGGAAUGUGGAAAGGGCUUCAGCAAAUACAGUAACCUUAUAUCCCAUCAAUGGAUCCACACAGGAGAGAAGCCCUAUAAAUGUAUGGAGUGUGGAAAGGGCUUCACCCAACAUUGUCAUCUUAUUUCCCAUAAAAGAAUCCACACAGGAGAGAAGCCAUAUAAAUGCAUGGAGUGUGGAAAGGGCUUUAGAGCACAUGGAGAUCUUACAUUGCAUAAAAGGAUCCACACAGGGGAAAAGCCAUAUAAAUGCAUGGAAUGUGGAAAGGGCUUCACAGCACCCAGAGAUCUUACAUCCCAUAAAAGGAUCCACACAGGGGAGAAGCCAUAUAAAUGCAUGGAGUGUGGAAAGGGCUUCAACAACCACAGUAAUCUUACAUGCCAUCAAAGGAUCCACACAGGGGAGAAGCCGUAUAAAUGCAUGGAGUGUGGAAAGGGCUUCAGAACAAGCAGUGAUGUUACAUCCCAUCAAAGGAUACAUACAGAGGAGAAGCCAUAUAAAUGCAUGGAGUGUGGAAAGGGCUUCAGCAAACACAGUAAUCUUACAUCCCAUCAAAGGAUCCACACAGGGGAGAAGCCAUAUAAAUGCAUGGAGUGUGGAAAGGGCUUCAGCCAACAUAGUAAACUUACAUCCCAUCAAAGGAUCCACACAGGGGAGAAGCCAUAUAAAUGCAUGGAGUGUGGAAAGGGUUUCACCCAACAUAGCAAUCUUACUUCCCAUAAAAGGAUCCACACCGGAGAGAAGCCAUAUAAAUGCAUAGAGUGUGGAAAGGGCUUCACCCAACAUUGUCAUCUUAUUUCCCACAAAAGAAUCCACACAGGAGAGAAGCCAUAUAAAUGCAUGGAGUGUGGAAAGAGCUUCAGAGCCCAACGAGAUCUUACAUCCCAUCAAUGGAUCCACACAGGGGAGAAGCCAUAUAAAUGCAUGGAGUGUGGAAAGGGUUUCAGCCAACACAGUAAACUUACAUCCCAUCAAUGGAUCCACACAGGGGAGAAGCCAUAUAAAUGCAUGACAUGUGGAAAGUGCUUCAGAACACGCACUGAUCUUACAUCUCAUCAAAGGAUCCACACAGGGGAGAAGCCGUAUAAAUGCAUGGAGUGUGCUAAGGGCUUCAGCAAACACAGUCAUCUUACAUCCCAUCAAAGGAUCCACACAGGAGAGAAGCCAUAUAAAUGCAUGGAGUGCGGAAAGGGCUUCACCCAACAUGGUCAUCUUGUUUCCCAUAAAAGAAUCCACACGGGAGAGAGGCCAUAUAAAUGCAUGAGGUGUGGAAAGUGCUUCAGCCGAUACCAUACUCUUACUUCCCAUAAUAUGAUUCAUAGAUGUGAGAAGUCAAUCCCCAAAACAAAGACAAAUUUGGGUGAGAAUGACUGCUAAUUAUUGAUUUAGUGGUCUCAGUGUAUGGAUUUCGUAUUUACACAGAACUCUGAAAAGAAUGGUUUUUUAUGUUUCACACUCUUAUCAGCCCUAGAGAGAUGAAUUUAAUAAUAAAACAAUGGGCAUGUGCCAUUAUAAUUAUGA